AUGGCUGCCGCACCAUCCCUCUCUACUACCUCGCCUACCCGAGGUGAGGUCGCAUCCUUCGCACAAGCCGAUGCAGAGAUAGCUGGAAGGGAGAUCCCGACAACGCAGAAAGCAUGGCGUGUAACGCGUAAAGGAACACCAGCUGAAGUGCUCACUUUGACCGACGCACCCAAUCCCAGAACGCUGAAGAAGGGCGAAGUGUUCAUCAAGGUGCAAGCAGCCGCGCUUAACCCCGCGGGGUACAAGACUAUGGGCGCUCUUCCUGGAUUCCUCCUCAGACGCCUGAUCGGUGUCGACCUCGACCUCGCUGGAACAGUUACAGACGGAAACGGCACGGCGUUCAAGGAGGGCGACGAGGUGUUUGGCUGGAUCCUGCUCUCGCAAUACAUCCGGAGCGGACAAGGCGCACUCGCGCAGUACGCACGGCUACCCGCCGCUGGCUUCACUCUGCGGCCAAAGAACACGACGCCCACGCAAGCCGCCGGAUUCGGCGUCGCAGGUCAGACCGCAUACCAUGCGCUGCUCGGUCUCGCAGCACUCGAGGCAGGCCAAUCCGUGUUCGUCAACGGCGGAAGCACCGCAGUCGGCGCGUUCGCGAUCCAGAUCGCAAAAGCCAAGGGCGCCCGCGUUUCCGCGAGCGCCUCCGCGAAGAACGAGCAAUACGUGCGCGGCCUGGGCGCAGAUGAGUUCUUUGACUAUACGAAGGCGCCGCUGCAUGAACAACUCGCCGCGGCGGAUGUGACGCCAAAGUACCAUGUCUUCCUUGAGGCGGUCGGCAUCCUGGACCCAGCGCUGUUCAUACACAGCCCGGCGUAUCUCGCACCCGACGGGGUCUUCUUGUCCGUCGGCCCGCAGGGCUCGGGCAUCGGUACUAUCGCGAGCUUCGCGUGGAACGUGCUUCUGAGGCCGCCGUUUCUCGGAGGAGUGAGGCGCAAGUGGAAGCUUGUGACGAUAACGCCGAAGCCGGCUGACCUGGAGGGCUUUGCAGCGCUAGUCGAGAAUGGCAAGAUUCGCCCUCUAGUGGAUUCCGUAUACGCAUUCGAAGAUGUGCUGAAGGCAUACGAACGGGUAAUGACGAAGCGGGCAACGGGGAAAGUUGUGGUGAAAGUGGACCCUACGGUAGAGUGA